UUAAGCCCCUGAUGUUUCCCCUCGGUCAGCCCAUUUCUGUUGGUACUUACCAUUAUCAUCAUUUCCGCACUUUGUUGUUUCCUUAAGUGAGGAGACUCGUUGCCCGGUAAACUCCCUUGUCCUCCUUAUGCAAGAAAGGAAACCCUGACUGAAACACAAAGCCGCAGAACAAAUUAAUAUUAUUAUGCCUUCGGGCUGAACUUCCUUAAAAAAAAAAAAAACAGAAAUGGAUUCAUUUUCCUUAGAUCUUAGCAACAAAAUAGUACUGGACUCAGAAACUGAUGAGAGAAGGAGAGAGAGAGAGAGAGAGAGAGAGAGAGAAUGAAUUCAUCCCAACCAUCUACAUCACAAGGCACAGAGAAAGGACACUUCUCUUCCCAAAGGCUCUUAUGGACUGUUGCUGGGGUCUCCAUUCUACUGCUCAGUAUCUGUUUUAUCACCAGAUGUGUUGUGACGUAUCAUAGCUUUCAACUCUGUGAUGAGAAAAAGUUCCAGCCAUAUGAGGAUUUAACGGACUUCUCCUGCUACAGAGAUGUAUCGGGUUCAGUCAAGAAUUGUUGUCCGUCGAGCUGGAUCCAUUUUCAAUCUAGCUGCUACUUAUUUUCUACUAACACCAUGUCCUGGGCAUCAAGCGUAAAAAACUGCUCAAACAUGGGAGCACAUCUGGUUGUUAUCAACACACAGGAGGAGCAGGAAUUUCUUUUCUACGCGAAACCAAAAAGGAGAGAGUUUUAUAUUGGACUGACAGACCAGGUGAUUGAGGGUCAGUGGCAAUGGGUAGAUGGCACACCUUUCACAGAAGCUCUGAGCUUCUGGGACGAAGGGGAGCCCAAUAAUAUAGUUACAGUGGAGGACUGUGCUACCAUACGAGACUCUUCAAAUCCGAGGAAAAAUUGGAAUGACGUGCCCUGUUUCUUCAAUGUGUUUCGGAUUUGUGAAAUGCCUGAAAUAAGUGCUUUGAAUAACAAAAAAAUCUUCUGAGAACAGAAAGCACAACUGAAAUGCAUAAAUACAGAGGCACAAGAGCAUGAACACAACACCAACACGAGAAAACUGUGCACUGCACUUUAUAAGGACUACCUAGAGACUUCAUAAGGACUUGUCGCUUUUGAUAUAAAUAAACUAAGUAGUUUUGGGGCGCCUGGGUGGCUCAGUCGGUUAAGCGUCUGACUUCGGCUCAGGUCAUGAUCUCGAGGUUCGUGAG